AUGGCUUCCGUUACCAGCAUCAAAAAGGCUGCUGACUAUGUUCUCAAGACUCCAAUGUUGAGACAACCCCGUUCUUUGCUAACAUUCAGACUCGACGAUUUGAUGAUUGAAGAGACCCCACUCAUGCAAAAAGUCAUUUCCAGAUUGCCAGCCGACGAGUCUUACGCCAGAAAUUACAGAAUCAUCACCGCUCACCAGCUUGUUUUGUCCGCCAAGGUUCUUCCCCCAUCCAAGGUUUUGAAGCCAGAGGAAGACAUCCCAUACAUGCUCCCAUACAUUUUGGAAGCUGAAGCUGAGGAGUUCGAGAAGGAGGAGCUCAACAACAUCGCCAAGGCUUGA